CUGCUGCUGCUGCUGCCACCGCUGAUGCUGAUGCUACUGAUGCUGGGGCGGAGGGUCCAGGCCAUGCUCGCCUCACACCAGCUGAUCAUGUUCUGCUGUAAAAGCCUGAGCCUUGGAGUCACAGGGGGCAAAGAUGCACCGAGCACAGAGACAAUAGACAGAGAUGCAUCUUGUUGUUGAUAAGACACAGGAGCAAAGUGAACAGGCCUAUCUGGACCUGGACGGAUCCAAAACGAGGCAGCAAUGGCAAAGAGAGAUUACUUGGUUGAGGCGGCCAAGCAGAUCCGCAUGGCACUGGACAGCGAGGUUAACGAAGACUAUGAGGCAGCUUUCAGUUACUAUAAGAACGGGGUGGACUUACUGCUGAAUGGAGUGCAAUUGGACCCUAACAAAGAUCGGCGGGAGGCUGUGAAGAGGAAGACAACCCAGUAUUUAAAGAGAGCUGAAGAAAUCUUCAUAACACAUCUACAGGAUAACCUUGGAAAGGGGAGCUCUCAUUUAGGGGGCUACAGUAGUCUAAGAUUUCGUCCAAUCAGACACCUGAGUUCACCUGUAGAGGAUCUGGAGAUGUGUAAAGUAGUGGGAGUUAAUGAUAAGGUCCUGGUUGUCCAAAGUAUGGUCAACAAAGAGAUGUUUGUUGUAAAGAGCCUGGUCAAAUCGAGCUGGGAGACCAGGGACCAACCAACCAUCAUUCCUCAAGGGGUGCCAUACAUGGUCAAGCUCCUUCGAUAUUAUGUCAGUGAAGAUGCUGUGUACCUGCAUCUUGAACAUGUCAAAGGUGGGAGGCUAUUCUCCAAGUUACAUACGUUGAAAAAUAAGAAAGCCAAGGAACACCCAGAAUGCUUGACCUCUGGGCAUCACAGUGUCAAGCUGAAGACCAGCCACACAUCACCCUCAAUCAGCACAGCCUACCAGCACAGCAACAGGAGUACAGCAGCAAUUCCAGGGAAAUUAACUGAUGAGAGCCCAGAUGACUUUCCAACAUCUUGGGAUGAGACUCAGCAACGACUGGAAAGCUGUGGGACUCAUUCCUACAUUGAGGAGACAGGUUGUCUGCAGAACACACGCUCUGCAGCAUCAUUUUAUAACAAGCUUGAUCGACUAACCUUACUCUCCGGCCCGACAAGAACACAGGUCAGCACCCACAUCAUACCACCAGCUCCUAGUUUGUGUUUGCACUCCAGUGAAACUCAGGAAAAGCCUGCUCUCCCUCUCUCUUGUACUCGUGUCAGUCAAGCUCUUGAUGUCAUGUCAGAGCUCACUAAAAAGAAUGCCGGGAUGGGACUAAUGGAGUGCAGCUCGGACUUUGAAACGGCUUGGAAAGCUGUAGAUCCAGCACACAACCGUGAGAAAAUAAACCCCUAUGCAGUGACCAACAGUGAUUUAACAAGUACACUUGCACAAACUGGACCUCAUACAAACCAGACCUCAUUUAUUAAAAUAGGAUCAUCAAACAAUGAAAAUAAGAGUUUGAGUUCCUCUCCUGCCAUUUUGCAUCUUCCUCUCCAUUGCCAAACCCAAAUCCAUGGCAGGGCAUCAUGGGAGACUAAUGGCACAAACCAGGGAUCUUUUUUAAGUAGUGACCCUACAGAGACAGUUACAGACUUUAAGGAAGACAGUCCCACUGCAGAAGAAAGGAAUGGAAUGGUUGUCAUCAGGAGCACAGACCGAGCAGUAUUUUCUGACCAAAUGGACACAAGGAUGGACUCAGACAGUUCUCAGCUUUUCCCUUCUUCCCUUUGCUCCAGCAGUACAGAAAAACAGGGUUCAUUUUCAGGGGUCCCCUUGAGCCUCUCUGAAGUCAGUUAUACAAACAAAAUAUCUUCAAGUGAAGGAAAAAAGGAUGCAGAGGUUUCCUGUGAGGUACUUAGUCCUGGUGAAAAGAAAACAACUGUUAAAGAGAGAUCACGUGUAGGCUGGUUAUCUUCUGAUCUUGGAGCAACACCCCAAAGGAUGAGAGAGAAUGAGGAUGCUUUCCUUAAACCAGAGGGAGCAGAAGGGCAGGGAGAAGACCAGAUCAUUGAGGUAGAUGGUUGGUGCCAUCUGCCUCGGUUCCCUGUCAAGUCCUCCAGGUCUGCUGAUAAGACCAUGCAGAGCUGCUGGGGGCUUCCAGAAACAGAGGUGCGUGUGUGGGGGGCACAGAUCCUGUUGGCCUUGGAGAGUCUGCAUCAGCAAGGCAUCCUGUGUCAGGACCUCAAUCCUAGAAAUAUUCUGCUCACCAGCAAUGGAAAGGUGUGUUUGACAUUUUUCAGCCAGUGGAGUGAAGUUCAGUCAGAGAUCAGCUCCAAAGCCAUGGAACAGAUGUACUGUGCUCCAGAAAUCGGUGGAGUAUCCAGAGUUACUGAAGCUUGUGACUGGUGGAGUCUUGGAGCUUUGCUUUUUGAACUUCUAACAGGAAUUCCACUGUGGCAGCUUCAUCCUGCAGGAAUUCACUCCCACACCCAGCUGAUCAUCCCCGACCACCUGAGCACUGCAGCUGCAUCUCUGCUUACAGAGCUGCUUCAGUUUGAUGCUGGCUACCGCUUGGGUUCUGGAGGUGGAGGAGUAAGCGACAUCAAGUGUCAUCCUUUCUUCGGUGGAGUUUCCUGGAAGGCUUUGACCUGCUAGCAGAAAUGGCUGCUCUGCAUCUCAUCUAUUUGUGACACUGGACUUAAAAAAAAAAAAAAUACUGCUGGAUCCUACUGUCACCAGAAUGGAUGGAGCACAGAUUUGGCAGCAUUUUAGUGCUUCCCAAAGAAAAUGACUUAAUAAAAGUGGUGAAAUAUGUCCCAUAGUUGAUAUGGAAGCACAUUGGGGAACUUAAGAAUGCAUAUUAGGUAGCUAUUUUUUUCAUAUUAACUUAAUGAUUACAGUGCAUGCCAACUCAACCCAAUCUUAGUCAAUUUUAAAAAUGUUGACUAUCAACUACAGCUAUUGUAGAAAGCUAAAGAAAGCAGGCAGUAAAUUGUUAUACCUUUGUCUUAUAUCUAUGAAAAAUAACAUCUUAUAAUAAAUGUUUUUAGACUUUUA